UCAGAGCCUUCCUGAUGUAUAUAUGCAGGUAGUGAGAUUUGAAACAGCCCUUUGAGACAGUAAUAGAAUAAAACUCUGAUUUGGGGAGCAACAAUUCUCCUAAUUUUUCUCCUCACUGUGGGAAUGAGUUGCCAACCUUUUACUUCGGCUGAUACCUUUAUACCUCUUAAUUCUGAGUCUUCUGCAACUCUGCCUCUGAUAAUGCAUCACAGCGCUGCCGAGUGCCUACCAGUCUCCAACCAUACCACCAAUGUGAUGUCUACAGUCCCAUCUAUUUUGUCUUUGAUUCAAACUUCUAAAUGCUUGCGUACAUAUUUCCCGGUGACAACGUUGGAAAACACAGCAACAGGACUUCAUUACUCUGUUCCUUCCUGUCAUUAUGGAAAUCAGCCAUCAACCUACGGAGUGAUGGCAGGCAGCUUAACCCCUUGUCUCUAUAAGUUUCCUGACCACACCUUGAGCCAUGGCUUUCCACCCAUGCACCAGCCUCUCCUGGCAGAGGACCCCACGGCCCCUGAUUUCAAGCAGGAACUCAGGCGGAAAAGUAAAUUGGUUGAAGAGCCAAUAGACAUGGAUUCCCCGGAAAUUCGAGAACUUGAAAAGUUUGCCAAUGAAUUUAAAGUGAGAAGAAUUAAGUUAGGGUACACCCAAACAAAUGUUGGGGAAGCCCUGGCAGCUGUGCAUGGCUCGGAAUUCAGUCAAACAACUAUCUGCCGAUUUGAAAACCUGCAGCUCAGCUUCAAAAAUGCAUGCAAACUAAAAGCAAUAUUAUCUAAGUGGCUGGAGGAGGCUGAGCAAGUGGGAGCUUUAUACAAUGAAAAAGUGGGAGUAAAUGAAAGGAAAAGGAAACGGAGAACAACUAUAAGCAUUGCUGCAAAAGGUGCCCUGGAGAGACACUUUGGAGAACAGAAUAAACCCUCCUCUCAGGAGAUCAUGAGGAUGGCUGAAGAACUGAAUCUUGAGAAAGAAGUAGUAAGAGUUUGGUUUUGCAACCGAAGGCAGAGAGAAAAACGAGUGAAAACAAGUCUGAAUCAGAGUUUAUUUGCUAUUUCCAAGGAAAAUCUUGAGUGCAGAUAAGAUUUCCUAUUGUGUAACUGCAAAUUUUUCUAUUUUUCGUUCUUUUCUGUUCUCCCAACACAAAUAGAAAUUUGUUAUUUGGUUGGCUUCAAAAAUCAUUCUAUAUCAAUAACUUUGCAGAAGCUUUUCUUUUCUACAUUCUUAAACUUCAAUUUAAAUUAUUUUGAUGAAUUGUUUUAUUUAAAAGAAUUAUUCUCAGAGGCCACAUUGUAUAUUUUAAGCAAGAGAUACUAGUAGAAGUAAAA